AACUGAGGACUCUGUGUGUGCGUGCACGCUUGUGUGCGUGUGUUUGCGCGAGCUUUCCCUUCUUCUCUCGAGGAUGUGAAUGGCUUCGCUGCUGGCUGCUCCCUUAGGAUUCUUGAGUUUGUGGAGCUUUGGGCUGUGAGCACAACCCACCCAUGUAAUUCAUUUUGCACGGUCGGUUUAAAUCAGGAGGAAAAAGCGCAACUGGACCGGGGGUGGGGCAGACUAACGAAACCUGGAAAUACACACACACGCUCACAAGAGAGAGGAAGAAUGAAAGAACUGGAGAGAUUUUCAUAACCUUCUUCUAGCCCUUGCGUUUCCUGGAAAGAUUCUGGAUCUUUUCUACCUUUUGAAGUCUUGGCAUCUAUUUUUUGUAAACCGGUGUCCAGCUAGCUGUGUGUGUGUGUGUGUGUGUGUGUGUGUGUGUGUGUGUGUGUGUGUGUGUGUGUGUGUGUGUAAGCGCGCGCCCGCGCGCGCCUCUCUGAUGCAUUUGACUGUCUUUUAUCCAACUACCAGAAGCAAAUGUAUUAACUCGGCGGUGCCCCUUGAUACUCGGGGUCUCGCAGAGCGCGGAGGACAACCAGACCCAUUUUCCCGACUGGAUUCGGAACGACUGUCUGGCUGUGGACACGCAUGUGGGGAUAGAUCUUCUCAGAGGCUUGGAAAGCGCCAGUAUUAACUUGCUUCCAGGUGCACCACAAGGUCACCAGAGGGUCUUGCAGCCGUCUUGUACCAGUGCAUUUAGACCUUCCUGGCCAGACCAGAAGGAUAUUUACGUUUCGGUCCCCAUCAUUUGAAGCCAAAAGUUCGGCCUUCGAGCUGAUUUCUGUACAAACAAGGUAACAAGGAUUGCUUUUCAAACUGCUUAACAAAAAUCCCCGAGUCUUUCUCAGCCUUUUACCGGCUUUCUCCUCACCAAAAUGUCACCAGCUCUUGAAUUUCGUGGAUUUGGGCUGGAGGAGAACUUGAAGGAAACGUGACCAAACGACUAUGCCAGACCACUCUCUUUGCUCCCUGUAGUCCGCCGGGCAUCGAAGCUGAUCGUGAGGACCAGUCCCCUCAUUGCUUCUCCUUCCUUGUGCUGGGUGUGCAUGUGCAAGUGUGAAUGCGAGUGCGCGCGCUCCUGGGUGCGAGUGUGUGACUGUGUGUUUGAGUGUGUGUCUGUGUGUGCGUGCGCGGCCGCCCUGCCUCUGCCCGCUCCCCGGGCGCAGAAACGCGGGUUUCAUGGGGCGAUCAACGCGGAUCCCCCACCCAGAGCGACCUGCAGGCAGCGGCGGCAGUGCCAGGAGCCACCUCACGGACUCCCUAGGAUGCGGGUGCUGAGCUAUGGCAAAGGGCAGCGAAGUGACGAGCAAGGCCCGCGUACGACUGUGAAAGCCACCUGGAGCCACCUUGUCGGGAUUGUACCUGCGGGCAGAAAGUCCUCCUACGACUGUCUUUUCCUCUAGAGGCACCAGAGUCCCUGUGACCCCUCAGCUGGGUGCUGGUGAGACAUGUGGUAGCUGAGCACCCCUACUUCUGACGCCAGCCUCAGAAUCAACCUCGGAGAUGCUUUCACGCUGUCCGCCUUCUGCAGCAGUGAGGCCGAGUGCUGACUUCACAGCGGCAAGGAACUCUUUCGGCUCCAGAAGCUCUUAAAUCUGAUCUACAAUGGAAAAAUUUCUUUUUUAUCUGUUUUUCAUUGGCAUAGCUGUGAAAGCUCAGAUCUGUCCAAAACGUUGUGUCUGUCAGAUUUUGUCUCCUAAUCUUGCAACCCUUUGUGCCAAGAAAGGGCUUUUAUUUGUUCCACCAAACAUUGACAGGAGAACUGUAGAACUGCGGUUGGCAGACAAUUUUGUUACAAAUAUUAAAAGGAAAGAUUUUGCCAAUAUGACUAGCUUGGUGGACCUGACUCUAUCCAGGAAUACAAUAAGUUUUAUUACACCUCAUGCAUUUGCUGACUUACGAAACUUGAGGGCAUUGCAUUUGAAUAGCAACAGAUUGACUAAAAUUACAAACGAUAUGUUCAGUGGGCUUUCCAAUCUCCAUCAUUUGAUACUGAACAACAAUCAACUGACUUUAAUUUCUUCUACAGCAUUUGAUGAUGUCUUUGCCCUUGAGGAGCUGGAUCUGUCCUAUAAUAAUUUAGAAACAAUUCCUUGGGAUGCUGUUGAGAAGAUGGUUAGCUUGCACACCCUUAGUUUGGAUCACAAUAUGAUUGAUAACAUACCUAAAGGGACUUUCUCCCACUUGCACAAGAUGACUCGACUAGAUGUAACAUCAAACAAAUUGCAGAAGCUACCACCUGACCCUCUCUUUCAGCGAGCCCAGGUACUAGCAACCUCAGGAAUCAUAAGCCCAUCUACUUUUGCAUUAAGUUUUGGUGGAAACCCCUUGCAUUGCAAUUGUGAAUUGCUGUGGUUGAGGCGUCUCUCCAGAGAGGAUGAUCUAGAAACCUGUGCCUCUCCAGCACUUUUAACUGGCCGCUAUUUUUGGUCAAUUCCUGAGGAAGAGUUUUUGUGUGAGCCUCCUCUCAUUACUCGUCAUACACAAGAGAUGAGAGUCCUGGAGGGUCAAAGGGCAACCCUGAGGUGCAAAGCCAGGGGAGACCCUGAGCCUGCAAUUCACUGGAUUUCUCCUGAAGGGAAGCUUAUUUCGAAUGCAACAAGAUCUCUGGUGUAUGAUAAUGGAACACUUGACAUUCUUAUAACAACUGUAAAGGAUACAGGUGCUUUUACCUGCAUUGCUUCCAAUCCUGCUGGGGAAGCAACACAAACAGUGGAUCUCCAUAUAAUUAAGCUCCCUCACUUACUGAACAGUACAAACCAUAUCCAUGAACCCGAUCCUGGUUCUUCAGACAUCUCGACGUCUACUAAGUCAGGUUCUAAUGCAAGCAGUGGUAAUGGUGAUACUAAAAUGAGUCAAGACAAAAUCGUGGUGGCAGAAGCAACAUCAUCUACAGCACUACUGAAAUUUAAUUUUCAAAGAAAUAUCCCUGGAAUACGUAUGUUUCAAAUCCAGUACAAUGGCACUUAUGAUGAUACUCUUGUUUACAGAAUGAUACCUCCUACGAGCAAAACUUUUCUUGUCAAUAACUUGGCUGCUGGAACUAUGUAUGACUUGUGUGUCUUGGCAAUAUAUGAUGAUGGCAUCACUUCCCUCACUGCCACAAGAGUCGUGGGUUGCAUCCAGUUUACUACGGAACAGGAUUAUGUACGAUGCCAUUUCAUGCAGUCCCAGUUUUUGGGAGGCACCAUGAUUAUUAUUAUUGGUGGAAUAAUUGUAGCAUCUGUGCUGGUUUUCAUCAUCAUUCUAAUGAUCCGGUAUAAGGUUUGUAACAAUAAUGGUCAACACAAGGUCACCAAGGUCAGCAAUGUCUACUCUCAAACUAAUGGGGCUCAAAUUCAAGGCUGCAGCGUAACGCUGCCCCAGUCCAUGUCCAAACAAGCUGUGGGGCAUGAAGAGAAUGCUCAGUGUUGUAAAGUUGCCAAUGACAAUGUGAUACAAUCUUCAGAAACUUGUUCAAGUCAAGACUCCUCUACCACUACCUCUGCUUUGCCUCCUACCUGGACUUCAAGCACUUCUGUGUCCCAAAAGCAGAAAAGAAAGACUGGCACAAAGCCAAGUACCGAACCACAGAAUGAAGCUGUCACAAAUGUUGAGUCCCAGAACACUAACAGGAACAACUCAGCUGCACUGCAGACAGCUAGUCGACCUCCUGAUUUUGUCUCAGAGGGGCCCACAUCUAAAAGAGCACAUUCAAAGCCAAAUGCUUUGCUGACUAAUGUUGACCAGAUUGUCCAGGAAACACAGAGGCUGGAGUUAAUCUGAAGAGCACCACUUCUGUCUCUCCUGAAAAAAGUUGUCACUGAUAUUUUUACUGGAUAAAAUUCAGAAAUGUUUCAAUUCACAAAAGCUAAUUGUUGAACUGGUGUCCUGGAAGAAAUUGUCCACAGGAGUUGAAGCAGAAGUCUCUGAUACUGGCGGAACAGGCUCCAUCAGACCAUGGUUCAUCCCUUUUUAAAGCCAAUUUUUUUUUCUGGCCUCUAAAUAUUUUUUUUUAAAGAAGGAAAGAGAAAAGCCUACAUUGGCAUCAAGUUCUGUAUCAAUUCAUGUUACAUUGACAUCCAUGACUUAAGACUGUAGAUCUUGAAUAAUCUAUAUCACUUUAAAAAAAUAAAUGUUUUACUAUGACAGAAUUUGCACAUUGCCUGAUUUGUAGAAAUAUCCAUUGCUUCAAGUUUGAAUGGUGAAAUGAUGAUUGUAAGAACUAAUAAUACUAUUUUACAUUUUUGUAGUGCAGAAACCUUAAGGGAUCACAAAUUACUUUAUAAU